AUGAAGCGCAAGACUCACGACGACGACGAGGAGUUCGGCUUGCCUAAGAGAAGUCGGCGACUUGCCGCUGGAACCUCGACCAAUGUUCAAUUGGCAAAUGACGCCUAUCCCGAUUUCGACGACGGCGAUGAUGCCAGGGACUCCGACUUCUCCGACCAUGACGAUGAUCUCAACAGUGCCUCGACGCCCGAUACCAUUGCUACUACCGUGACUCCGACAUCAGCACCAUCGCCUCGCAAGAAGUUCCCCUCUGAUCUCAAGACGAUCAGAUGCACUUGGCCCGGCUGUGAGAAGGCCUUCAACCGUCCCGCUCGUUUGACUGCUCACCUGCGGUCCCACACCAAUGAGCGACCUUUCAAGUGCCCUCACGAUGGUUGCGACAAGUCGUACCUCGAAGAGAAGCACUUGAAGCAGCAUCUCGGAGGAUCCCAUUCUACCGAGCGAAAGCACACUUGCCAGGAGCCCGGCUGUGGAAAGAGCUUUUUGACUAGCACUCGUCUUCGCCGCCACCAACUUGUCCAUGAGGGACAGGAACGCUUUCGUUGCCGAGACUUUCCUCCUUGCAACCAGUCCUUUCGCAAGCACCAAACCCUACAGCGCCACAUUCGUGCCGAGCAUCUCAAGAUGCCUGCUUUCCAGUGUAAACACGAAGGCUGCGAUGCCGGCUUCGACACUGCCUCUUCCCUAAGACGCCACGUCGAGAAGGAGCAUGCAGAUAUCAAGUUCUGGUGCGAAGAGUGCAACAAGGGCCUCAAGGACGGUGCCUCGGAUCGCGUGGGCUUUUCGACCAUGGACCAGCUGCAACACCACAUGAAGAAGGCCCAUAUCAGCUGCACUUUCUGCGAUCAGAUCUUCCCCACUAGAGAUGCCAUGGAGACACACACGGAACUCGAACACGCCAGCAACCUUCAAGAAGUUCGCAAGUCUGUCGUCUGUACUCGCGAGGGCUGCGGCAAGGUCUUCAGCAAGCAGUCUAAUCUCCAGGCUCACAUCAGGAGCUUCCAUGACGGUGUUCGCUACGUCUGUGGCCAAUUUGAUGUCAGCAGCGCCAAGGACUUGAGCAGCUGGCCUUUGAGCGACGGAUGCGGAGGUGGCUUUGCUACAAAGGCCAGUCUGGAGAAGCACAUUCGUCAUGUUCACAUGGACAUUCCGCGUCCCCUUCCUCCACGUGCAGAGAUGCCCAUCCGUCAAGAUAUGCAGAUGCCUCGGGAUAUGCUUGGCCAGCUUACCAGCACUAGCGAAACGGCUCGACGCACCAUUUCAUGCUCUUGGCUGGGUUGUUCUCUGAAGUUUGCCCAGCAAGCUGAAAUGCAGAGUCAUCUGCACACCCAUUUUGACAUCAAUAUGUCAGACACGCUCGAGCAGGACUUUAGUAUGAGUAGCAUCCCUGACCCCAACUUGAUGGGAUUCGAGAUUCCCUCUCCGUUCACUAGUAACCCGGUCACACCGGGUCUAGAUGAACACUGGGGUUACUCUCACCCCGCAACACCUCACGGUCAGAACUACUUUCCCGAGGCCGAGGAAUGGCGACAUGACGAGGCAGAAAUGCGCCAAUUGAUUGGACCCAACGACCUUGGUGGUCUUCUGGACCCUGCUUUGAGACAGAUUUGA